AUGGUCUCUGCAUCCUUCUUGAUCGGCCUUAGUGCCUUCUCGGCUCGAGCCCUUGCCGGUGCCAAAUCAGGCAUCUUCAACAGCAUCGACCACAUCUCUGCUCCGGAAGACUGUCUGCCUGAAACACCCAGCUGGUCUGCUACGGUUGGAUGGUCCAUCUCCAAGGAAAUGAACGUCAAGGAAGGCGACACUUUUGCCUUGCACAUGCCGUAUGUGUACAAGUUCACCUCGGGCACCAAAAGCCUUGAGCUUGUGGCUGGUGAUACCUCGUUCGCCAAGUGUGAUUUGUUCAGCGGUGACAAUGUGGUGGAUUUCUGUGAACUCCAGUGUACGGCGCUUGCGGCCGUGGAGAAGGUUUCUUCGGUGAAAGGCACUGUUGAAUUUCCAUUUACCUUUAAUGCUGGCAUGCUGGGCGAUUCUGUCAACUUGGCUGCCUCGACCAUCUGGAAAGCUGGAAAGAAUACUGUUACUUGGGCCGACGGCGAAACCAAAUUAUCCUGUGACGUCGACUUCACCGGCGGAAGCUCCUAUGUUUUCAGCGGCAGCAUCGACCACGGCGCCUACUUCUUGAGAAAAGCCGUUCUGCUCAACACCAACCAGCACUACGUUUUGGGCCCCCAGUGCCAUGCUGACGGCAUGUCGGGCUAUAUUGAAAUCGAAAACCCAGACUCUGGCGUCGAGCUCGACUGCAAGUCUGUGGCUGGCUCGGUUUCGGACCAGAUCAACGAGUUCUACUUUCCUCAGUCUGCUGAGAAGUGUUCUGUGAAUGUGGAUGAGUGUUCUGCCACCAAGGCCAAGCUUUCGUUUAGCGGCAUUCCCGCUGGAUUCAGGCCUUUUUUGAACGUCAAUGCUGCCAUUCCCAAGAAGGAUUUCCGUUCUUCCAACAGCUACUCGUACAAGUUUAGUUGUGGUGGUUUCAUCUUGGAGGACUACCAGUCCACCAGCUGGUACAUGUACAAGAAUGGUGAAACGGGAGGUGAUGGUGAUUAUAAUGAUAUUGUGGUUACUACUGUUACGGGAAACUACGGUUGUUCUACUGCUGUGAAUACGGUGACUGGGCCCUCUACUAAUACUAUUGUGGUGACUGUUCCACCCAGUGAGACAACCCAUGAAACCGGUGGUUUCCAUAAAACUGAUGAUUUUGGAAGUGACGGUUUCCACAAGACCGAAAGUGACUGUGACGACGGAUUCGACCACGGUCAUAAGACAGAGGACUGGGGUCAUAAAACUGAGGACUGGGGACAUGAAACCGAAGAUUGGGGACAUGAAACAGAAGAUUGGGGCCACAAGACGGAUCACUGGGAUGGCCACAAAUCUGAAACCUGGGAGACCGAGGACUGCUUGACCGAGACCGAGUGGGACCAUAAGACUGAGGAUUGGGGUCACAAGACGGACAAGACCGAGUCGUGGGGUUUUGAAACCGACUGUUCUGACGACUUUGGACACAAAACCGACCACUGGGACAAGACCAAGACCUGGGGUCACAAGACGGAUUCUUGGGAAACUGACCACCACCAUACCGAGUCCUGGGAAAUCGACACCGACUGUUCUACUUAUUUUGACCACAAGACCUGGGAGACUGAAACCGGUAUCACCAAGUCCUGGGAAACUGGUAUCACCAAGUCCUGGGAAACCGGAAAGACCAAAUCCUGGGAGACUGAAAACACCGAAUCUUGGGGCCACAAGACGGAAUCCUGGGACAUUGACACUGACUGUUCUACUGAUGAACACAAGACUGAGUCCUGGGACACCGACCACAAGACCGAAUCCUGGGAAACCGACUGCACUGAUUCUGAAACCACAAAAUCCUGGGAGACUGAAACCCACAAGACGGAGUCCUGGGAGACUGAAACCGACUGCUCUACCGGCUCCGACUUUACUCAUUCUGGAACCGACCACCACAAGACCGAAUCGUGGGAGACUGACUGUUCCACCGAAUCUGAAACUUCAACCAAAAAGACGGUUUCCUGGCCAACGGAGACGGGCCACACUGGUGUGACCACUGAUUCUGAGAGCUGUGAUACUGGCGUUCCUACUACCUGGGUUCCUCCUGCUGAAACCACCAAAUCUGUUGUGACUGGUUCCGAGAGCUCUGAGUCUUACGGUAACAGUUCUACGAAGUGGAGUUCUGGUUUUGUGACAAAGUCUACUUACACCCACACUGAGUCGAAGGGUACUGAGUCCAAGGGUACCACUGAGUCUGAGGCCACCGAGUCCAAGGGUACUACUCACUCUGAAGGUACUACUCACUCUGAGGGUACUUCCAAGACUGAAACUCCUCAUUCCGGAGAGACUACCCAGACUGGAGGUACCACUCACUCUGAGGGUACUUCUAAGACUGAAGGUACUACUCAUUCAGAGGGUACUACCCAGACUGGCUUCACUCCUUCAGAGGGUACUUCAAAGACUGACUUCACUCAUUCAGAGGGUACUACUACUGGUGUUACUCACUCUGAGGGCACUACUGACACUGGUAUUACUCAUUCAGAAGGUACUACUGAAUCUGGUGUUACCCAUUCUGAGGAACCUUCUAAGACUGACUUCACCCACUCUGAAGGAACUACCGAAACUGAGGGAACAUCCAAGACUGAGGGAACUACUGAAUCUGGCUUCACCCAUUCUGAGGGAACCAAGACCGACUCUACUCACUCUGAAACCACUCAGACUGGAACCCACUCUGAGGAAACCACAAACCAGGUUCCUCCAACCACUGUACCAGACUGCUCCACUGUCACCACCACAUGGACCGGAACCGUCACUUCGACCACCACCGAGUGUACUUCAGGAACCACCACUGUGGUUGUUCAGGUUCCUCCAUCGCCAGUUACCACCGUCACCAAAACCACCGUGGGAACUGUUACCUUUACUACUACGGAGCCUUGUGAAUCUGGAACCCAGACUGUUGUGGUUGGCAUUCCUUCUGGUCACUCUGAAACUGAGACUUCUACUGAGGUGAGCCAUGAAACAACUCAGACUGGUGAAACCACUGAGCACCCUGCUCCUUCUGAAACCGAGGCCUCUGAAACCCACUCUGAAGCAACCGAGUACCCUCACACUUCAGAGAAGACCACUGAAACCACUGAGAACGAGACUACCGAGAACCAUGAGACUGAACACCCAGUGACCUCUGACCACCCAGAGACUACUUCAGAGCAUGAGACCGCUACUUCAGGGCACGAGAAUUCUGAAACCCCAGAGACCAGCUUGCCAUAUACCCCUGGUGCGUCUGAAACUCCAGAAUUCCCUACCGAGUCUGACCAUCACGAAACAGAAUCUACCAGUGUCUCUGUGGGAACCGUUGCCGGAACUACUUCUACUGGUUUCACCGAGGGUCCUUCUGAAACCGCUCCUGCUGGUGAAACCUCCCCAGCUCCUGCUGUUUCAGGUUCUCCUUCUGAAAACGUCCCUGAGGCUUCUGAGACUCCAGUUGAGGGUUCUUCUGAAAUCCCACACAACGGUGCUUCAGAGGACCACCAGUCUUCUGCUCCUGAAACCACCCUCGUGGAGCAGAGAACCAGAACCUUGACCCUCGGUUCCAGCUCUAUCGAAGAGACUUACGAAACCAGUAUUGCAACUGCAAUCCAGGAUUUGGUUUCUCAGUCGUCUUCUCACCUUACUUCAGUGGCUGCUAAGGAGACAUCUAUUGAAACUCCUGUUGCCUUCAGCUCUGCUGCUCCUUCUUCUGCCGCAGUCUCCACCUACGACGGAUCUGCUGCUUCUCAAUCUUUGAGUCUUUUUGCACUCGUUUUGCCUUUGAUUCACUUCCUUGUUUGA